AUGGAGGUCGCCAAAGCAAGCAGCAGCAGCAGCGGCGGCGGCGGCGGCGGCGGCAGCAGCAGCGGCAGCAGCAAGCGGCCUUAUGAUGUGGUAUCAGUCAUGGCUGGGAUCAACGACCUCGGCCGUGGCAACAAGACAGCAGGCGCGGUGAUGGCGGCACUGCAGGCAGUGCUGACGAAGGCAAUCGCGGCAGCCACCACAGCUGUUGUUGUGAUAUCUCCCUGGGCAAACCGCUUCGUGGCGCGUGGCAGCGACAACGAAGUGCAGCGCCUGAAGCUCCUGGCCAUGCUCAAGCAGUACGUCGCCGCGCAUUCAAAUUCAAACGCCGACAGCUGGCCGCGCCUGCUGCUUGACGAUGCGGCAGAGGGGCCCUUCAACUUCUGGGAGCAGCCGGAAGAGCAGCGGCGGCGGUAUCAAGAUGACGAGCUGCAUCUGACGGCGGAGGGCUACGACUUUUUAGGCGGCCACGUAUUUGGGAUGCUGCUUGACAGCGGGGUGGUGGCAGCGCUUAGAUGCGGCGUCGGGUAA